AAUCAGCAGUCAGCAUCAGUUUAAUUGAAAUAAAUGCUUUGACUUUGACUUUGACCUACAACACUAAGCCCAUGGAUGUAAAACUGAGUUGCUUACACAAUACACGUAUAUAUCAUAAAUAUCACCACUACUGAUGACGGUAAACCACACAAAAUUUGUUCCUCUACUACCAGUAGUAUUAGUAGUAGAACAACGAAUUUUAAUAGGUUUUCAGUGAUAGGAUUAAAUUGCAAAGUAUUAUAACUUCUUAGCAUCCUUAAACUGCAUUCAAUAGAAGAUACUUAUUCUUCUUUAUAACACAGGCACAAAGAAAAGACUGAUACAAAUAUUUAUAAUUACAUUUAUCUCACGAUAACCUGCAAUAAUGAACUGCAAUUACUAAUUAAGCUUUUUAUUUAUUUUUUUCUUAUCUUUCUAGGAACGAUUUAUACACCACAAUAAUUCCGUACCUAUAUUAUUGCAGAUCUUACCUUUAGAAAACAAUAUGAAAACUCCAGAGGCCUUUGGUGGCUGGAAUGGUGUGCUUAACACUGGCAUGGUGAUAGUCGCCGCAUUGUAUACUGGUAUUGGAUUUUUCGGGUAUCUUAAAUAUGGCGAACGAGUGCAAGGCAGCAUAACGCUUAAUUUGCCAAACUCAUUAUUAGCUCAAAGUGUCCGGGCAGUUAUGGCAGCUUCAAUCUUCUUAUCAUAUGGAUUACAGUUCUAUGUACCCAUGAACAUAGUUUGGCCUUAUAUAAAGUCAAAACUUACCUCAGAACAAAGUCUUAAAUACGGUGAAGCAGUUACGCGAUUUGUGCUAAUUUCUAUAACAUUUUUGGCAGCAGCACUGAUUCCGAACUUGAGUGGUAUAAUAUCGUUGGUGGGAGCGUUCAGCAGCUCAGCACUUGCACUAAUCUUUCCACCACUUAUAGAAAUAAUGACAUUCUGGCCUGACCAACUUGGACAAAGCAAUUGGAAGUUGUGGAAAGAUAUAUUAAUCAUGAUUUUCGGAUUCACAGGAUUUGUGUUUGGUACAUUUAUAAAUGUAAAGAAUAUAUUUUUUGCUUACUGAACAAACCAAAUCAGUACACUAAUAUAAAUGUUAACCAAAGAGUUUUAUAAUAUUUUAUGUGGUUUUAUAUGAUAAUCAUGACAAUAAUUGUGUGUAGUAAAUGUUCCACAAUAUUUUGCUUUAUAAAAAUAUUUAAUUAGCUUAUAGGUGUUGAUUAAUUGACAAGCUCAGCUUAUUUUUAAAUGUUUAUUUUAUAUUGGACCUUUUAAGUAUUGAUGUGUUUUGACAAAUAUUGAGAGAUGGGUAUUACUUUAAACUUUUUAGAUAAACACUUGCAUGAGCUGUAGCCAACUGGGUAUGUGGUGACGCUAUUAUAUGUGUGUGUAUGUGGAUUAGCUCUAAUUUGAAAUUUUGUAUAUGUAUUGUACGUAAAUUGGAAUCAGCUUAUUGAAAAGUAUAUCAUUAUAAUUUGUUUACAUUCCACUGUUACCUUGGAGAUAGCUUAAAUCAUAGGCAUAUUUAUAAUGUAAGAUACCUUUGGGUAUUUUUAUUUUGUGAUUAUAGUUCCUUCCUAUUUUUAUACGUGAUUAUUAAAUUAUUUUUGUUAUUUAACUUUAAAAUCCUUGUUUAGUUAUUUUAGAUCUGAAAUCUAUUUACAGCACAUUAAUUAAGAAAUAAGUUUUAUAAAUGAAAAAAAUGUACAGUAUAGAGUAUUUUGAGUUGACCUUCACUGUUUUAAAAAAAAUAUAAUAUAUGCAUUUAUAAAGGGUGCUUAUGUAGUUCAAUGUGUUUGGUGUUGAAGAAUUUGUGCUUAAUGUUCUUUAGCUUAUGGGUACCUAUUGAAUCUAUUGAAAUGACUACAAAUCAGCAUUAUGAUAUCCCAAUUAGAAAAUAUAAUCGAGAAUGUUAUCUAUGUUGUACAUGCACGACUUAGUAAACAAGUGUUUGUGUUCUUAGAAGAGAUUAAAGCUAGAUACUGUUCACUUGGUUUCCAAGUGCAUGGUAUUGUCUGCACGGGUCAUAAUUAUUUAUUUAUACCAGAGUUACUGUUAUAAAAUUUAAUGUAUUUGACAAACAAUGAGCAUGUUAUUACAUAAUUUAUUUAAACUAAACGAAUACCAUGUUGUGUGUUAGAAAUUAAUUAGUGGUAGCUAUUUCACAUUUUACUGUUUUGUUGUGCUACUACAGAUCUGUGUACAAUCUGUUUAAAAUAAUAAUCUCGAAUGUGACAACUUUAUAGUUUGCGUAUUUAAUGGUGGUGUACUUAUAUGCAAGAAAAUAUAGCUAUUGGUGCAAAUGA